CCUCUAUUCUUUUACACCCACAAAGACCUGGACAAAGCAAAUCCCUUCAGCUCUUCUGCUUAAUUCAACAAACAAAGGCAAGUCAGUCAUCUUUCCACCCCCUCUCUCUCUCUCUCUCUCUCUCUCUCUCUCUCUCAGACACAGAGAUGAUCAUACAUACAAUCUCCAAAGAAGAGAAAAAUUAAAAGAUGAUCCAAGAGUUGUUGGGUGGCGCUGGACUAAUAGUCGGAGAGAGAAAAAUCUCCACAAAUGGUGUCCUUGAGGCCUCACCCUCUCCUUCUCCUUCUCCUUCACCCUCGCCCUCUCCUUCUUCUUCCACAACCACCAUUAACCCUCCAACCAGCUCGUCAGCAGCUUCCGAGAGCCAGAACCUGAGGUGCCCGCGCUGCGAUUCCACCAACACGAAGUUCUGUUACUACAACAACUACAACCUCACUCAGCCACGCCACUUCUGCAAGACUUGCCGCCGGUACUGGACUAAAGGAGGCGCCCUCCGCAACGUCCCGAUCGGCGGUGGAUGCCGGAAAAACAAGAAUGUUGGCGUAGCCGCCUCCGUCGGAAAGUCGACCGCCGGGAGGCUGAAGAACAUGUCAUGCGAAAUAGGAAAAUCAGGGCUGCUUGAUGGCUUCGGCCAGGAAGCGUCAUCAAAUCCGAUUCUAUGGGCCUCGCCACAACAUUCUCAUAUCCUAGCCUUACUGAGAGCCAACCAAAACACUAACCCUAACCCUAAUCCUACCAACACUCUUCUAAACCCUAAUCCGGUGUCAAAUUCUCUGGCGGUGAAGGAAGAAAGCGUUUUGAUUGGAUCCCACAUGAACUCAGAAGGUGCUCGAGCCCUGGGCUUGGAUCCGUUUAGCCAGGCUCCUUCUAUCGGCCCUUUCUGGAGAAGCAAUGAACACCACCUAGCUCAACAGCAAAAUGGCGGCUUUAUACUUGGUGAAGUUCAUAACACAGGCAUCCAAGAACUGUACCAAAGGCUCAGACCAUCUGCUCACUACUACCCAGAUCAUUCGUCGCCAAUUCUUCUGAGCAAUGCGGCGUCGACUUCGGCUAAUUCUUCCACCAUCUUGGAAUCGGCUCCGGUGGCCGCCAGUGAAUUGGGUUUCUGCAAUCCGACGCUUUCUUGGUCGGAUCUACCAACAACCCAUGGUGCAUAUCCUUGAGAAACCCUUCUCUCUUUCUUUUUCAGCUUUGGUUUCCCAUUUCAUAAGCUAGGGUUUGUUGCUUCCCGCUGUUGUGGUCUGGGUUUGUGGUAUAUGAUUAUUAUGGUUGUAGAAUCAGUUUUUUCUUGA